GUUUGGCUCGGUGACGCACAUGUAACCGAUGGUAAAAAGACGGGACGCAUUUUGAGCGCUGGCGCCGAUGGAUGUGUGCGCGUUUGGGAAGUUGAGUUGCCAGGAAAGUGAAGAACUAGAUAAGAUAAGAUAAGAUAAUUCGCAUGACCUGACGUUAUGCAUUACCCACGUACUGAGCUGACCUUCACCAUUCACCUCCACAUUGCCAGACAUGCAUGCUUUACGUGAAACUGGUAUCACGCAUCAUCUGAAAGAAAACACUACUCUGAGGUCAUACAGCGCAGCUACUCAGCACGAAUUUCUUAGGGCUGCUGGUACCUUGACCCUAUCUCCAGCCCGCCUUGCGCUGUGGCUCUGUCAGGAUCGCAUUUAUGCGGCCCACGCAUAUCCACGUUUUAUUGGUCUGCUCAUUUCAAAAAUUCCCUUCGAUGGACCUGCUGUUGAGGAGGAAUUAAACAGAGAGACUCUUGCCUUAUUGACAAUAUGCUUGGAGGGAGUUAUUCGCGAGGUUGCUUUCUUCGAAGGGGUUGCAAAGGAAUGGGGAUUAGAUAUUAAUGGGUGGAGCGAACGGAAAGCUACGCGGGACUACACAGCUGAGAUGGCAAGGGUAGCAUCUGUUGGUUCGUUGGAAGAGGGGCUCGUGUUUCUAUGGGCAAUGGAACAGGUAUAUCUCGACGCAUGGAAGUAUGUAAAAUCCCUGCUCCCUCCUCAAAACGUCUCAGAAGACAAUACUGCGAAUGCGAUCCGCCAACUAACAAACAACUGGACGACACCGGAGUUCGAAGACUUUGUCCAGAAGGUGGAGGAUCUGGCAAACAGGCACUUCGCGAGACGUCACCAUGGGCCUUCGAGCUCAGCUGUACGUGCGAUGGAGAGUAUUUGGGCGAGAGUUGUGGAGCUUGAGGAGAUGUUUUGGCCUGAUGACGGAGAGGACACCCGUUUGAGAGCCCUUUGACACUAAUUCUUCCGGACCAAGAGAGAUUUCUCAGGUCGAACGCAUGUACACUAUUACGGUACCAAGCUCCCACUGUCAUGAAGAUUAAGAACUUGUAAGGUCGUAGUCAUCGGUCCCCAAAUUCAAGUCACUCAUCUCGUCAGGUAUACCAACUGAUAGACGAUGACAGUGGCAUCCAGCUUCG